AUGGUAGGUUGCACUCUCUUUGCUAACAAGAGUGCCACACAUGUGCAUGUGGUAUUCUUGGAUGUCUUUUGUGAUCUCACUCAGAGUGGAAGCUACACAUGGGGAGUUGCUACCCUAGUCCAUAUGUAUGACAAUUUGAAUGAUGCAUCUAAGAGUAACACCAAACAACUUGCAGGAUAUAUCACACUCUUACAGUGUUGGAUCUAUGAACAUUUUCCUUCUGUUCCUGAGUCUUUUGCCGCUGAAGAUUAUGAUAAGAGGAAACCACGUGCCUAUUGCUAG